AGCAGAGCUCAAUAGGGGGAGGGGGGCUUCUCCUCCUCUCGGUUCUCUCCCGCAUAGUACCGGACCGGAUCAAUGCACCGAGCCGGUCUGCAGCUUUUGACGGCCGGAUGUAUGUUUAGUGUGCGGCAGUGAAGAAGAAGAGGGGGAGGAGGAGGAGGAGACAGGGGACAUUUCUGUGCUCCUGUUUGGUCCUCGAGGGGAGGAGCCAGUUGUUGAUUCUACGCUGCGAAGAGAAGGCGCCGCACUGAGAGGGUAAAGGACUGCUGAAGAGGAGACCUAAAACGAUGAUGAACGUUCGGCCAGUUCAGGACUAGCUCAGACUGAGGGAACUGCAGCGGAGGUGAAGGAAGAAGAAGAAGAAGGAGAAGAGAAGGAAGGAAAGAAGCCCUAAAAAGAGACAAAGUAAAUCACACGACCAGGCCUUGGAAGGGUUCCACAUUAGUGAUGUUCCCCUCGGGCAGGAAUUACCUCCUCGCUGUCCUCUGCCUGUCCGUCUCUCUCGCUCUUCCUCCCUCGUGCAGCAGAGCAGACGUCCAGCUCCGAGACUCUGAGCCGUGAGAGCUCCCCUGCUGCACACCCACCCACACGCACACAAAAACUCCCACUCUCUCACACAAACACACACACACACACACACACACAGACCUUUGCAUCCUGCUCAUGGUCGUUGGCCUGUCCUCCUCAGCUGCUGCUACUGCUCUAGUCAUAGACCAUGAGGAGGCCCAAGCAGCAGACGGGGCCGCUGAGCUUCCUGAACUUCUUUACCAGGAAGCCCAAAUCGGAGCCAAAGGCCGAGAGGCCAUUGGAGGCGUGGCCCAGGGAGGAGGUGGCCAUCACCCUGACCCCCAGCGAGCAUCCAGAGCAGUACGACAGCUGCUCCGCAAAUGGUUCACAGGACCCCAGCCUCACAGCAGAAGAGGCUGGAGGCGAAAGAGACGAAGGAGGAGGUCCGCCAGCUGCACCUGCAUCGGCGGCGGCAGCGGCGGCGUCAGGCGAGGACAGUGCCGCCACAGCUGAGUGCGUGGGCGGCGUCCGGAGCGGUUCCACUGGCGUCCUGUCCGUCUCCUCCUCCAGCCAGGAGCAGCUGCUGGAUGAGCACCUGGAGGAGUGCCCUCUGUGCCUGCUCAGUCAACCACGUUGCCACUUCCCACGACUCACCUCCUGCUCCCACCGAACGUGCUCUGACUGCCUGCGCCAGUACCUGCGCAUCGAGAUAUCGGAGAGCCGCGUGUGCAUCGCGUGCCCUCAGUGCCCCGAGACCCUGGCGCCGCUGGACGUCCGUGCCAUCCUGGACGACCAGGCGCUGCUGGAGCGCUUUGAGGAGUACCAGCUGAGGCGUUACCUGGCUGCUGAUCCAGACACGCGCUGGUGCCCUGCGCCCGACUGUAGCUACGCAGUGAUCGCCUACGGCUGCGCGGAGUGUCCCAAGCUGAGCUGCGGCCGCGAAGGAUGCGACACGGAGUUCUGCUACCACUGUCGGCAGCUCUGGCACCCCAACCAGACGUGCGACCAGGCCCGGCGGCAGCGAGCCCGCCACACCUCGGGCGGCACCGAUGCCUCCACGCUGUACGUCUUCAAUGAAGAACCUGGAGGAGAUGCAGAGGAGAUCAAAGCGUGCCCUCGCUGCGGCGCCUACAUCAUGAAGACCAACGAUGGCAGCUGUAACCGUAUGAACUGCACUGUGUGUGCCUGUCAGUUCUGCUGGCUGUGUAUGCAGGAGAUCACCGACGUGCACUACCUCAGUCCCUCAGGAUGUACAUUUUGGGGUAAGAAGCCGUGGUCUCAGACCCGAAAGGUCCUCUGGCAGGUGGGCAUGCUGCUCGGAGCCCCGGUGGUCAUCUCCCUCAUAGCGGGCAUCGCCAUCCCCGUCAUCAUCGUGGGCAUACCAAUCUACAUGGGCCGCAAGGUCCAUGGUCGCUGUAAGAAAAACAAUAUCUCAGGAAGUAAGCACUACUUGACUGUGGCAAGUGGGGUUAUGAUGUCAGUGUUUGUGUCCCCGGUCAUAGCGGCUAUCACUGUGGGUGUGGGUGUGCCACUAAUGCUGACCUAUGUGUAUGGGGUCGUCCCCAUGUCGCUCUGCAGGAACGGUUGGUGUCGACCGCAGAGUGAGCCGCCUGAAACACACAAAAUCCAACUGGAGGACUUAGCCAGCUAUCUUCUAUUCUCCCAUGUAGUCAGUGACCACUGGGCGGGUCAGAACAAAUCCACGGCAAGCGACACCAGUGUCCAGGAAGUCCGAGUCAGCGUACAGGAAGUGGGCGUCCUCCCCAGCACGAGCGACACGCCCCCUGAGCUGGAUAGCUACGAGGAACUGGAUGAAGCCAAGGAGCACCAUGGAUGCAGCCAAUCAGAAUGCCAGGUGGUUAUUGUGCCUGACAGCGCGCUUGACGACACGCGAGCGAUACCUUUGAGGGAAGGAACAAAUAUUGAGGUCCGUGUGGAAAUUGAGACCCACCCCAGAGGCGCCCGGCAGUCCAGCCUAAGUAGCAUCCUGUCUAGCCGAAGCUUGUCGGCGGAGUCCCUGGGACGCUCGCGGUCCCUGUCCCAAGACUACCUGUGUGCCUCAGAACUGGAGGGAAGACGAGCGGGAGGAGAAGGAGAGGAGCAGGAGGGCAGAGAGAAACCAGGAGGGGAUGAAGGGACAGUCCUGCCAGUCUUUGAAAUAGAAGGUGUAUGAGGUCUUCCAAUGCAGGUUUUGUACUUUAUGGAAAUAAAGAAAUCUGUGAGCAGAAAAUGUCGGUGGAUUGAGCUUAAAAUCGCUGGCGAAGGUCACCUCCUGCUUCCCGAGACGGGCCCUCCCACCAGUUGCCUUCUGGCUCCAGCCUCUGAGGAAGACGCGGCUAUAGAGAGAGCAAAUGAGAACGUGUGUUAGUGUGUGCAAGAGACAAAUAGCACGAGGCUAUGAGAUGCGGAUUAGAGGGGGACAGACUGGAUAGCAUCCAUCAUUCGAUCGAAAUUGGAGCAUGUUUUUUUUCAUUCCUAUGCUGUCUUUUCUGAAAGAGACUUACACCCCAUCUUUCAUGAAUCUAUUUCAUCAGACUCUCUCUUCUGCUAGCUGUACUUCUACACUUCUUCUAGUAAUCUCACUUCCCCUCUCCAUUUACAAAUAAAAAGACACCCACAGGCAUGAUUUUCUUUCUUUUUCAUUAACCUAAUUCAAGUAGCUAAAUAUCACAUGCUUCCCGAGCCAAGUUGCAGGACAGUAGGGAGGAUUCAUUUUCUUUAACUUAACUUAAAGAAUUUAAUUUAAAUUGAAAGAAUUACCUAGAGCAUUUUAAGAAGCAUUGGUCACACGUAAAACUGACAACUUUAAACAGACAAUGCAUGCUGCACUGUUACUCUUUUGUGAAACAGUUGAAGAGGGCAACUGAUCUGAAAACUGCCAAAGUGUUGCUUUAUUGAACGUAAAGUGCUCCGUGGCAUUAUAGCAGUAAUGAUAUUGACUGAAUGGCUUUUAAAUACCAUUCAUUUUAACUAUUGAUCUCAAAUCCACAGUCUUCCGUGGUAGAAGACGGAAGUGCAAUGUCUCUUUUGCAUCAUUUUAGUGCAGCGUUUAGCCUGCGAGAGGCUAUUUCCUCUUCAAUAUUCUUAAAUUUAAAAGUAGCUGCAUGAUUCUAUUAGUCGCAGUGUAUCCGAGAUCCCUCACACACAUGUUCACCUGCAAAGCAGUCAAUGUAAUUGCUGUAGUGUGCGCUGCUGAGAGCAUUAAAUAUAAACUAAAGACCCUCUCGGAGCAGAGCACAGAGCACCAAAAUUCCAACAGCAGCAUGCCACUUCAGGCUGAACUCUAAUAACCCCCAGUCGAUGAUUCAUGAGAAAUACACCACUAUACAGGCUGUGCUUGGCUUCCUGAGUGUAAAAUACUUGUGAGGGAUGAACUCGGACAUGAAAUGAUAACCUGUGCUGGGUUGUGGAGAGAAACCAAAUAAAGAUUUCACCUUGAAAAACAGAAACACAA